AUGAGUGAUGAUCAAGAGGAUGAUUUUUUCGAAAACCAAUGGCAGGCUCAACAACAAAAUGAGAAUCACAAAAGACAACUUAUAGAACAAUGUAGAAGUCAGAAUAAAAAGCUUUCUGCCGAUAAAGUAGAGCUUAAUCAAAAGAAAACGAAUCUCGCUCAUGAGAGCACUGCUAUAUCCAACAACAAUGAACCACUCUUUCAAAAAUUCAAAGAGCAAGCCGAAGAACUCAAGCAACUGGAAGAGGAAAGAAUUCGAAUCUGUCAGCAACAAUAUGAAACGACCGAGACCCUCAUUCUCCAUGGAAACAAUCUAGAAAAAUACGAAAUGCAGAUUGAAAAUUAUAUGAGUGAACAAGAGGCCUAUGUUGAACGGGAGAAUGAAUUAAAACGCGAAGAAAAACAACUGGAAGAUCAAAUUACCGAAAUGAAGGAACGCGAAAACGAAAAUCUUCAGAUGCAAAAUAAUUUACAAUUAUCGCUGAAAGAGCUCGAAAGGCAGGUCGAAGAAAUUAACGAACAGAUCAAAGAAAAGGAAAUCUUAGUUGCCGAUGAAAAAGCAAAACUUCAAGAUUAUGAAUUAGAAGCAGAAAAAUUGCAAGCACGCAUCUAUGAAAUUAUGAACAAAAUCGAAGAAUCAAUCGUUAAACUCGAUUGUCUGAAAGAGAAAGAACAGAUUCUUAAAAGUGAAGAGGAAGAUUUAAAGAAACAAAAAGAGCAGCUAACGGGUGUGAUUAACGAGCUAAAGCGUGCUGUCGAUGAGAAAACAGCUGGCAUCAAUCGACUGCAAGUGGAAGCUGCGAUUUUUCAACGGAAUAUUGAGCGACUUGAAAAGGAGCUUACUGAGAUGCAGGAGGAGAUUCGCAAACUUGAAGAACAGUACCAAAAGUUGAAAGACGAAUUAGUUCAAGCGGAAAAACAGCGAAGUGAACUUGAAUCAAGUCGAAAGCAAAUAGAAUCAGCGAAGCGUACAUUAGAUCGAGAGUUUAUGGAAAUGGAAGAUCAACUCACCGAAGCGAACAGUCAGCUUCGGCGACUUCAAGAAAAACUGCGCACUGCAGAAGAUUUUAUCCGGCAAAUUCAGGCGAAAGUAGCACAAUGCGAACGCUUGCAACAGCAGCACACGAACGAAGUGAAUAUCUACCAAGCUGAGCAAAAUAAACUGGAAGAAGAAAUUGGUGUAUUAGUUGCUGAAUGUAAUGAUUUACAAGCACAACGAGACGAAGCACAGCAGAAACAUCAAACUGCCAUCAGUGAACACACUGAAGCCAAUCAGCUAUUGACUCAAUUGAAGCAGCAAGAAAGGGAAGCUCAAACGAAAUAUGACCGCGCUUUGGCUGAAGAGCAAAGUGCCCAAGCAGAAAUAUAUUCUGCCGAGUCCGAGUUACGCCAAGCUGAAGAACAAUUGAGGGUUGCCGAAGAUCGACGUGGAAAUGCAGAAAUUGCGGGUCUUUUGGGAACAGUUGCCUCAAUAGCCGUAACACUCAUUACGAAAUUACCUAUUCCGCCUCUAGGUGGCAAUCAAAGCUCUGCAGAAAAUGAUGUGCAACGAGCACGGGAAAAGGUUAGCCAGAAGGAAGCUGCAUGCAAUACUGCUCGUCAAAAACAUAGUAAAGCUAAAACAGAGCUUCAGACAUCGAAAUCAGCGCAUCGCACUCUGACUCAGGAACGAGCGGACCAAGAGGACGUUGUUAAACAAAAGUCCACUGCUGUGUUGCAAAGUAAAAAUCAUUACGAGUCAGUUAAUAAUGCUCUUCGUAGUGCCAACCGUAAACAUACUCAAGCUGAAAGCAAACUCAAGACUACACAAAAUAAACUGAGUCGGGCUCAAACGCAACUCGAUCGUGCCACAAGUGAUCUGCAACGAAAUCAGAGUGAACUUACGCAGUAUCGGCAACAAAGAGAAGAAUUAACUGCUGAAAUUGGAAGUGCAACUAUGCAAAUUCAACGACAGGAGCGCAAGAUUGAAGAACAACGAACUAAACAACGAGAGAAUCAGUCCGAGCUCGACACUGUCACGACAGAGCAUCAUAGACAAGUCAGCUUAGUUCAACGACUCAAGCAACAAAACGAAAAUACCAAACAAAAACUUCUCGACAAGGUAAAUGCUGAGAAAAUGACACGACGAGAGAUGGGAAAUCAACAAACGUUGUUACAAGCAACUCAAAAGAACGAAGUACAACUAAAAGCAGAGUUGGAGAAGCAAUUGGAACUCCUUAGCACAGUAGAACGUCAACUAAUCGACAAAACCGAGCAGCUCAGAGAUGUAUCGGUGCAAAUCAGCUAUGUCGUCAAGGAAAUAUCAACACUUGAUCAACAGCGAAUGCAAACCCAGCAAGAGCUGAACGAAUGCCAAUCUGCUCAAAAGAAUACUCAUGCUGAAAUACAGCGUCACUCUGCUAAAGUUCAAGAACUCAUUCAAAAACGCGAUAUGUAUGAGGUUCAGGCUGACAGAUUAAAGAAAGAUGUUGGACAAGUCGAAUCGAAGCUUGAAUCGAAACAAAAAGAAAUACUCAAAACCCAGAAUGAUAUUGAACAAGUGUCUAAAAAUCUACAAGGGGUUAUCAAGACCAAGGAAGAAAGUCGCGAAAAGAUCGAGACAUCAAAAGCUCGACUCGUCAUACUGAAUCAAAACGUUGAAGGCAAUAGUCAACGCAUUACAGAGCGUGAAAAAGCACUACGGCAAGUCCGUAAAGAAAUUGAAAACAACCAAGAUAAAUUCGCUGCUAAUGAGCAACUUCGACAAGAAACAUACAGGGACAUGGAUGAACUCGAGAAAACUCUUACUGCGCUCAACAAACACUAUUGCGAUGAGAAGACUAGACUUGAUGCAAAAUCGAUAGAAAUCAUCAACCAAGAAUUGAAAGAUCGAAAUAUUCAACCAAUUCCAAUUCAAAACUUUGUACGAAACCAGCAAGCAAACCAAACUCCAAAUUCAAACGCCAAUGAAAAGAGGGUGACAAAACCCAAUUGA